UGUAUUUUAGAGAUUUCUUGAAACAAAUAAGAAAGAGAAAUAGCCAUGUCUACGUAUUCUACGGGUAUUUUUAAAGAAUCAGUUCGAAAACGAAGAGGAAAUACAGAUUCAGAUUGUAUAUCAGAGAAUACAGGACAAGAAGUGGUAAAUAAGGAGGAAAAGAAGGGAGAAUCGAUAUCAGAAUGGCAGUGUUGUUCAAAAGAUAUUAUGAAAUAUAUGAAAUUCUUAAUUAUUCCAAUUAUUUUAUACGCACUGGCAUUAUUUACAAGGCUUUAUAAUAUCAGAGCAUCAGAUCGUGUAGUCUGGGAUGAAGCCCAUUUUGGAAAGUUUUCAUCAUAUUAUAUUAAAAGACAAUUCUAUUUCGACGUUCAUCCACCUCUUGGAAAGACGUUACUAGGGUUAUCAGCAUACUUUUCAGGUCAUAAUGGAACAUUUGAAUUUCCAAGUGGAGAAAAGUACCCGGAAGUCCUUGAUUAUGGGUUUAUGCGUUCAUUCUGUGCAGUUAUUGGGACACUAUGUGUUCCAUUAGCAUAUUUUACAGCAAUUGAACUGAAUUAUUCUUUUUACGCAUCACUUCUUGUAGGAUUGAUGGUUUUAUGCGAUAAUUCUCUUGCUACAAUUAGUAGAUUUAUUCUUUUGGAUAGUAUUUUACUUUUUUUAUCUUUAACGACAAUGUAUAGUUUAUCAAAAUUUCAUUCAUAUCGCCAAAGACCAUUUUCAUAUCGAUGGUAUAAGUGGCUUUUUCUAACAGGGAUAUCAAUUGGGUGUGUUUGUAGUGUAAAAUGGCUUGGUUUUCUUGUUGCACUCUUAUGUGGUAUAUAUACCAUUGAUGAUCUUUGGGUUAAAUUUGGAGAUUUAAAGAUGCCAAAGAAAAUAUAUUUAAAACAUUGGAUUGCUCGUAUUGUAGCCUUAAUUUUUGUUCCAUUUCUUGUCUACGCACUAACUUUUUUCGUUCAUUUUGGAAUUCUAAAUCAUUCAGGCACAGGAGAUUCACAUAUGAGCUCUCUAUUUCAAGCAAAUCUUAUAGGAUCCGAUAUUAAUAAAAGUCCUCUUUAUACAGCAUAUGGUUCUAGAGUAACUAUCAGAAAUAUGGGUUAUUCAGGAGGAUUACUUCAUUCUCAUGUCCAAACUUUUCCAACUGGCUCAAAUCAACAGCAAGUCACUUGUUAUCAUCAUAGAGAUGGAAAUAAUGAUUGGAUUAUUCAUCUUUCUCAUGAAUCAAAACCAAUAUCUAACGAAGACCCUUUGAUUUUUUUGCGAAAUAAUGAUCUUCUUCGCCUUAUUCAUAAACCAACUGGAUGUAACCUUCAUAGUCAUGAAAUUCCUGCACCUAUUACAAAGACCCAGAAUGAAGUUUCAUGUUAUGGCAAUCUUACUCUAGGCGAUGACAACGAUCAUUGGGUAAUAGAAGUCGUCAAAGAUUCAGAUCCACAAGAUGAUCGCAUUAAAACAAUCAAAACAGCUUUUAGACUUCGUCACGAAGUUCUUAAUUGCUAUUUGAGAGCAGAAAAAGUUCAUUUACCUCAAUGGGGAUUUAAGCAAGUUGAAGUUACAUGUGAUAAAACAAACAAUCCUAAGGAUUAUUAUACACACUGGAACAUUGAAAACCAUUGGAAUGAUCGAUUGCCUUCAGGUAAUACUAAAUUCUACAAAUCAUCUUUUUGGCACGAUUUCUUCUAUAUCAAUGUAGCCAUGAUGAAUACCAAUAAUGCACUUGUUCUCGAUAAAGGAAAAAAGGAUGAUUUAAUAUCAUAUCCAUGGGAAUGGCCCAUUGCACUAUCAGGCAUUCGAAUGUGCUCUUGGGAUGAUAAUGUUACAAAAUUCUAUCUUCUAGGAAAUCCUGCAGUAUAUUGGAUAUCUUUGGCCUCAAUCUUUCUCUUUUUUGGACUAAUCUUGUUUUAUACUAUUCGUUGGAAACGACAUUACAUUGAUUUCACUCUAGAUAAAUUUGAUCAUAUCCAUUAUGUUGGAUUAUAUCCUUUAUUAGGAUGGAUUCUUCACUAUUUCCCAUUUUUCAUUAUUAGAAGGGUUUUGUAUGUACAUCACUAUUUUCCUGCUUUACUUUUUGCAAUUUUAACAACCGGCUUUGUUUUUGAUUAUUUAACAGCAUCAAUACCCGCUCUUCUUCGAAAAAUUAUCUUUAGUAUUGCUUAUAUCUCCAUUGUUCUAACAUUUAUUUAUUUCAAGGAUAUUACAUUUGGAAUGACAGGUCCUUCUACACAAUGGAAAUAUUUACAAUGGCUUCCAACAUGGAAAAUCACUAACUAGUUAUCUCUAUAGAGGUACUAAUAACAUGGUUGGAUCAUAAUAGAGA